UCGCUGACGAAACAGUGAUGACAUCUUUCGAUUGAUUUGUACAAGUCGAUACCAGUCGAGUCGUUGCUGUAGUUUGUUUAUACCGUAGCCAACGUCCGCUAAAAUACAGGUUUAAAAAUGCAUUUUAAAGUCCGAGCUGCAGCAAAAGAGGAUUGUAAGGAAAUAUCAAGAAUGAUUAUGGAGUUGGCUGUGUAUGAGAACAUGGCAGACCAGGUGAAGACUUCUCAUGAAGACUUGAAGCGUGAUGGGUUCUCUCCAAACCCCUUCUAUGAAUGCCUGAUCGCUGAAGUGCCAGAUGAACACAAGACCAAAGAUGGGUACACGGUCGUUGGGUACGCCCUUUACUUCUACACCUACAGCACAUGGAAAGGGCGGUCAGUGUACAUGGAGGACCUCUAUGUAAUGCCUGACUUCAGAGGAAAAGGCAUCGGAACGGGACUGAUGGCCAAAGUAGCUCAGGUAGGGGUGGAGAAGCAGUGUGUGCGGCUGCAGUUAUCUGUCCUAGAAUGGAACAAACCAUCACUAGAUUUCUACAUUGCCAAAGGUGCCGAGGACCUGACUGCCAAAGAAGGUUGGCACUUCUUACGGUUUCAUGGACAAACCCUGGACACAUUAGCUAAGGAAGCACCUAAAGAUUAGAGCAUUUUAUAGGCCUGGGUCUAGUUUGGUUCCGCCCAUAACAUCACACAGUGGGCAGGUUCAUUUUGCGUUGGUGGGUGGGUAGGGACUAAUGGAAACUCCGCUCAGCCGGAGCUCUGGGCGAUGCAAAACAAACUAUCCCAGUCAUCUUUUAUGUUUAAUGUGCAUUUAAAUAUAGUCAAACAUUAUUACAUUUUUAUACAUAUAUAUAACGUUUGGACACACCUACUCAUUCAAGCGGUCAUCAAGGCAAACAGUGAAUACUUAAAAUUGAUUUUGAUUUGUUUAACACUUUUUUGGUUACUACAUAAUGUGUUAUUUCAUAGUUUUGAUGUCUUCACUAUUCUGCAAUGUAGAAAAUAGUCCAAAUAAAGAAAAUUCCUGUAAUGAGUGGUACUGUAUGUAUAUAAAUAUCAUUUGUUUAGGUUGAUGUGUCCUCAAGCUGUAUUUAACCUACAUCUAUAAAUCAGAAAAUGUAAAUUCAUAACUUUGAGGUACAGCAGAAAUUUUGCUGGAUGUGCAGGAAGUGGUGAUAUAGCAGCAACAUUGCACUAGCACAUAGCCGGUUGAGCAUUUGUCUGAACAUUGUGAGCAAGCAUAUUAACUGAUUGGCUGAUUUCUUUUGAUUUCCCAUGAUGACAAGCAAAGAGGCACUGUUUGAAGUUAGGCCUUGAAAUACA